UUCAUCCUCUACCUCUACAAAAACCCCCUGAACCAAAACAGGAAACAACCUUCAACCCGCAAAUGGAGACUUCCCCACUCGCCAUUCUCUCAGCCACUCUUCUAAUCACUCUCUACUUCUUCUUCCACCAUCUCCACCGCCGGAAAGCCCCAAAGUUGCCGCCGGGUCCACCGCCGCUGCCCAUCAUCGGGAACCUCCACCAGCUGGGAAAACUCCCCCACCGCCGCCUCCACAGCCUCUCGAAGUCCUACGGCCCCAUCAUGUUCCUCCGCCUCGGCAACAAGCCGAUGGUGGUGGUCUCAUCGCCGGAGGCGGCCGAGCUCGUCCUCAGGACCCACGACGGCAUCUUCUCGAGCCGCCCAAGCUGGGAGGCCCUGCGCCACAUGUCGUACGGCGACAAGGGGAUAGCAUUCGUGGAGAACGGCGCAUACUGGCGGGGCGUGAGGAGGCUGUGUAUGCUGCACCUGCUGAGCCCGGCAAAGGUGGAGUCGUCCGCGCCCAUGAGGAGGGAGGAGCUGGGGAGGGUGGUGGGGAGGGUGAGGCGGGCGGCGGCAGCACGUGAGGCGGUGGACGUGAGCGCCGAGGUGGGGGAGCUGAUCGGGGACUUGGCGUGCGGGAUGAUAUUGGGGUGUGGCCCAAAGGAUGAGUUCAACUUGAAGCCUGUGAUUCACGAGUUUACGAACCUGGCGGGGGCUUUCAAUUUGGCGGAUUACGUGCCACUUCUUGGAGCUCUGGAUCUUCAGAGAAUAACUCGGAGUGCAAAAGCAGUUAAUCGAGCCAUAGACAAAGUGUUGGAAGACAUCAUCAGAGAACACGAGGAAGACACGACUGGAAAAUACAAGGGCGACUUUAUAGACGCAUUCCUCUCCAUCAUGGGCUAUCCCAUAAAUAGCUCGCAAGAUGAGCCGGCUCACAUAAUGGGUCGGACCAACAUCAAGGCCAUAGCCCUUGACCUGAUCGUCGCAUCGUACGACACAUCGUCCAUCAUAAUCGAGUGGGCGUUGUCCGAGCUGAUCCGCAACCCAUGCGUGAUGAAACACCUCCGGCAAGAGCUCGAAGCCGUCGUCGGGUUGGGCCGGACUGUCGAGGAGUCGGAUCUACCGAAGCUGAAUUAUUUGGACAUGGUGGUGAAAGAGAGCUUGAGGCUGCAUCCGCCGGGCCCGCUCAUGAUCCCGCACGAGUCCACGGAGGACGUUGAGAUUGCCGGGUAUUACAUUGCAAAGAGGACUCGGGUUAUCGUGAACGCGUGGGCCCUUGGGAGAGACACCAAUGCUUGGGCCGAGAAUGCAGAGGAGUUCUUCCCGGAGAGGUUCGCGAACAGCGGCGUGGAUGUCAAAGGGCGACACUUCCAGCUCAUACCGUUCGGGUCAGGCCGGAGAGGCUGCCCGGGGAUGAACUUGGGCCUCGCUAAUGCUCGCCUUGUUUUGGCCCAGUUAGUGCAUUGUUUCGAGUGGGAGUUGCCGGACGGGACGUCGCCGAGCGAGCUGGACAUGAGCGAGGACUUUGGGCUAUUAAUGCCAAGAGCGAAGCACUUGAUCCUGAGGCCGAGUUAUCGCCUGCUUGUUUGAAGUUUUGCAAGGUCCUUUUUUUUUAUGAUCAAAUUAUGUUUUCUAGCGUUGAUGUCAAACAAACAAUAAGAGAUUAAA